AUGACAGACAAAAGUGCUACCGAAAGAGAUGUUGUUAGUACAGAACUUCCUGGUGCCAAAAAGCUAAUAUGCUUGUUCCACGCAUUACAAAUUUUUCAAAGAGAGGUAACACCAGCAAAGCUAAACAUAACAACUGAGCAAUCAAAAUGCUCCUUGCAAUAUUUAAAUAAGCUUGCUCAUUCGAAAUCAGAAGCAUAUUAUAACGCUACGUUAAACGAAAUGAAGGAAAAUAUACCACAAGCAGUGGUAACAUAUUUUUCAAAAAAUUGGGAACAAAUUAAACAUGAAUGGGCAAAAUGUUUUACAAAAUAUACCACAAACUUUUUCAACUUCACCAAUAAUAGACUGGAAAGCUUAAAUUCCAAACUGAAAUCUGUAAUUUCAACUUACAGCACCUUUGAUGAGUUCAUAGAAAAAUUAUUUAUUUUCGUUAAUAUCAAACGAACUGAACAAAAGAACGAGUACAGUAAAAUGGUGCUAAAAGUACCUAGUAAGGAUCUUUCGACGACAAAUGUAAUGUUUUAUAAUCAUCUAACAUACUAUGCAUAUAAAAAUAUUGCGAAGGAUCUAGUUGAAGUUCAAUUAUCUACUAGUAUUCCUUAUACAUUUAACAGCGAUGAUUUAACUACUAUACGUUGUAUAACAAAGAACGAGAUGUUUGUAAUUUCAGAGACCACAUGUCAAUGCAGUUUUUUUAUUUCAAUGCAUCUACCAUGUAAACAUAUACUAUAUUAUAGGAAAUACUUGGGACAUGAAUUAUUUUGUGAUAGUCUUUUUAACAGUAGAUGGACUAGAUAA